AUGUGCAGCCAAAUCCAAAACACUUCACUGGUUUCUUCCUCCAAAAUCCAAAGUCAAUUUAUUUGCUAUUUAAGCACCACACAAUUCGUUGAUCUCUGCAAUUCUCAUUCAUUCUCUUCGUGGCCUGCAUGUACCAAAGCCACAAAGACUCAAGUAUCCAGUGAAGAAUCAAUGGGUAGAAGCUGUGAUCAUGAUGCUCUCAUACUCGGCCUUCUAAUUGGUUUUUGUGUCCUGUUUCAAUGUUCUGCAACUUUGUUGGAUACGAAUGCAUUUCUGGUUGUAAACGCUUCUAAAAGCUCCACAAGGAAGAUGCCCGAAAGCCUCUUUGGUGUUUUCUUUGAGGAGAUCAACCAUGCUGGUGCAGGUGGACUAUGGGCAGAACUAAUAAGCAACAGAGGUUUUGAAUCUGGUGGACAACAUUCUCCUUCCAUUAUUGCCCCAUGGUCAAUAAUUGGAGAUGAGUCAAUGCUAAAAGUAUCAACAGAUUUUUCCUCAUGCUUCAAGCAAAAUCCCAUUGCACUUCGAAUGGAAGUGGUUUGUGAUGAUCAUGGGACAAAUAUUUGUCCAGAUGGUGGUGUUGGUAUAUAUAACCCUGGUCAUUGGGGAAUGAAUAUUGAAGAAGGGAAGACUUACAAUUUAGUAUUUUAUAUUCGAUCAUCGGGAUCAAUCAAUGUGUCGGUGUCUCUGACAGAUUCUAUUGGCGUCCAAACUCUAGCUACCACAAAUAUCAUAGCAAGUGAUGUAUCAAAUUGGACAAAGAUGGAGACUAAAUUAGAAGCAAAAGGAAGCAACCCUAAUUCUAGACUACAACUAAAGACUGAUAAAAAGGGAAUCGUAUGGUUUGAUCAAGUUUCUUUAAUGCCCUCCGAUACAUACAAGGGGCAUGGCUUCCGGAAUGAUCUUUUUAAAAUGGUUGCAGAUAUGAAGCCAGGAUUUAUCAGAUUUCCAGGUGGAUGCUUUGUUGAAGGAGAGUAUUUAAGAAAUGCAUUUAGGUGGAAAGAAACUGUGGGCCCAUGGGAGGAGAGGCCAGGUCAUUUUGGUGAUGUAUGGAUGUAUUGGACUGAAGAUGCACUUGGACACUUUGAAUUUUUUCAGUUGGCUGAAGAUUUAGGUGCAGCACCAAUAUGGGUAUUCAACAAUGGAAUAAGCCAUAAGGAGUCUGUUGAUCCCUCCAACAUCAUGCCUUUUGUACAAGAAGCUCUUGAUGGAAUUGAGUUUGCUAGAGGUGAUUCAAAUUCAACAUGGGGAUCUGUUAGAGCUGCUAUGGGACACCCAAAGCCUUUUGAUUUGAAAUACGUUGCUAUUGGCAAUGAGGAUUGUUGGCUCAAAAAUUAUCGUGCAAAUUACCUUCAGUUUUAUGCUGCAAUUCAAAAAGCUUAUCCAGACAUCAAAAUGAUAUCCAAUUGUGAUGGAUCAAAUAGUCCAUUGGAUCACCCUGCAGAUAUGUAUGAUUUUCAUAUUUACGCAAAUGCAAGCACUGUAUUUUCUAUGGCUAAUACCUUCGAUCAUACAUCACGUGUUGGCCCAAAGGCGUUUGUGAGCGAGUAUGCUGUGACAGGAAACGACGCUGGUUCUGGAAGUCUUUUAGGAGCUCUCGCAGAAGCUGGAUUCCUUAUUGGUGUAGAAAAGAACAGCGAUGUUGUUGAAAUGGCGAGUUAUGCACCUUUGUUCGUGAACACCAACGAUAGGCGGUGGAUGCCGGAUGCAAUAGUUUUUGAUUCUUCUCAAUCAUAUGGAACACCAAGUUAUUGGAUGCAACAUUUCUUCAAAGAGUCAAAUGGUGCAACUCUUCUAAAGUCAACCCUCCAAUCAAACUCAUCCACGUCACUCGAGGCUUCGGCUAUUGUGUACCGAGACACGGAGGAUGAUAAAAACUACUUGAGAGUAAAGGUUGUAAACUUUGGGAGCAACACGGUUAAUUUGAAGAUAAUGAUUGAUGGGGUGGAUGCUAAUUUACUAGAAACUUCGGGGUCUAAAACCGUUCUUUCAUCUACGAAUGUGAGGGAUGAAAACUCAUUUGCGAAUCCAAACAAGGUUACACCUGUCAAAAGCUUAUUGGAGACAGCUGGGAAGAAUAUGGAUGUUGUCUUGUUACCACAUUCUUUAACUUGUUUCGAUGUAUUAAUGAAAUCGGAUAUCACACAAAUGACAAGUGAUGAUAAGUCGUAUGUGUCCUCUAUGUAAGAAGGUGUUUGUUUGUAUAAUAUUUUUAUUAAUAAAGGAAUAAAUAAAGGAUAAAUAAAAAGUUUGGUUAUGGCA